GGGGCUCUGGAUACUGGAGGGGAGAAGGACACAGUCCUCUACAGAGGGGAACAGCUGAGAGGUGCUGUGGUCGAUCGUCUCUGUAUCGUUCUAAACCUACUUAAAACUGGAAGCAAUCAGAAAAGCGUUUCCUAAUGUGAGCUACAUUCUCUCUUUCCUUCCUCCUUCCCCCCCUUGUAAUUUCACCCUCGGGAUUUUUAUAUUAGGCGUUGCAUGAAGAGUUUAAAUUGCCCUCCCACCACCCUCUCUCUCUCUCUCUCUCUCUUCUCCUUGGUUGGAGAAACUAAAGUAAUGGAGCUGUUCUAUUCUGUCCAGUCAGGGCAGUGAUGUCCAAUAAUCCACUGGGUUAACGUAUUUCUUUGUUGUUCAUCUCUUUAGAUUUAUUAAACCCGGCCGACACUGAUCAGCCUGCUUUUAAUUUAAUUUAAUUUAAUUUGUGCUUAAAGGUGAGGGAAUUGGAUUUGUUUCCAGGUGUUCUGCGUGUGCGCGCGUGUGUGUGUGUUUGUGUGUGAGUGCAGGACAUGGAUUGUCAGAACUUGUUCGCCUUUAACACGUUGGGGAAAGUCGUGUCCUUCCUGAUUAUUUCACAUCUGACCUGGCGAUCCAGCUUUUCUCAAAGUCUUUCCCCGUCCAUUAAAGCACAUUCCAAUGACGAUAUUACCGUCUUCACUCGAAUCUUGGAUGGGUUGCUGGAUGGAUACGAUAACAGGCUCCGUCCUGGCCUAGGAGAAAAAAUAACCGAAGUUAAAACUGACAUCUAUGUUACAAGCUUUGGACCUGUGUCAGACACUGAUAUGCAAUACACCAUCGACGUGUUCUUCAGACAGAGUUGGAAAGAUGAGCGACUGAAGUUUAAAGGGCCAAUGAAGCGACUCCCUUUGAACAACAUGCUGGCCGGUAAGAUCUGGACUCCGGAUACUUUCUUUCACAACGGCAAGAAGUCCAUAGCUCACAACAUAACAACUCCUAACAAACUGCUCCGUCUCGUGGAAGAUGGCACUCUGCUGUACACUAUGAGGUUAACUAUUUCUGCCGAGUGUCCGAUGCAGUUGGAAGAUUUCCCUAUGGAUUUCCACGCUUGCCCCCUUAAAUUUGGAAGCUAUGCCUAUCCCAAAUCUGAGGUGGUUUACAAGUGGACGCACGGAGGCACCUCCUCGGUGGAGGUGGCGGAGGAUGGCUCCCGUCUCAAUCAGUACGAUUUGCUGGGGCACACCAUGGGCACGGAAAUUAUCAGGUCCAGCACAGGUGAUUAUGUAGUCAUGAUAGCAAAUUUCCACUUGAAGAGAAAAAUUGGUUAUUUUAUCAUCCAAACCUAUCUUCCCUGCAUUAUGACAGUUAUCUUAUCCCAGGUGUCAUUUUGGUUGAACAGGGAAUCUGUCCCCGCCAGAACAGUGUUUGGCGUAACUACCGUGUUGACAAUGACAACGCUGAGCAUAAGUGCCCGAAACUCCCUGCCCAAAGUGGCUUACGCCACCGCCAUGGAUUGGUUCAUCGCUGUGUGCUAUGCAUUUGUGUUUUCCGCUCUAAUCGAGUUCGCUACGGUCAAUUACUUCACCAAGCGAAGCUGGGCGUGGGAUGGCAAAAAAGCACUGGAGGCUUUCCAACCCAAGAGAAGGGAAGCCAUGGCGAAGAACAUGAAUAAUGACUAUGCUAUCAGAGAGACGACUAGGGAACCGGUCAUUGCAAGUAUUUCAAAGAGCACCACGGUCCAGAUGAAGACAGCGGAAGAAAGGAUAGUGGAGAGCAAAAGGUCUUACAACAGUGUCAGCAGGAUUGACAAAAUGGCCAGGGUGAUAUUUCCUGUUCUCUUUGGAAUAUUUAACUUGGUUUAUUGGUCAACAUACCUGAACAGGGAGCCUAUUACAACAAGUAACGCUUCCCCAAAUUAAACAGUUUGGAAAACGUACAGAUUUCUCUGUACGUUGGCCAUUAGUCUAAAGUAGUGAUGUAACCAGGUAAGAUUUUAAGCACUUGAUACUUUUAUAUUGUACAUUUAUUCAACGUUUCAGAACUUUUUUCACAUAGUGUAAUUUGCAUGUCUUUUGCGUAGAACAAAGCAGAUUAAACCAGACUUGCCUUGACGAUUUCAAUAUGUAACUGCAAUCAAGCCAGGGCACAACAAUAACUUUGAGAAUGCUGCAUUUAAUGAACAAUAAUAUUGAAAUCCAACUUUUGAGUGUACAGGUUGAAACUAAUGUACUGUACAUAAUUGACACUAGGAUUCAGUGUCUCGUUUCAAUAGUCCUAAUUUGUGGUUUACUAUUAAGAUAAGACUGGUGUGAGCUUCUGGUUUGAUUAAUUGACCAUUCUCUUCGGGAAGGAGGUAAAGCAUAAUAUCUUUGGGGUUGAAUUGGCUCCAAGGUGACGUGUUGACAAUGGAAUACCAGAAUUGAGACAACCCUCUCUGUGGCACUCUCGGUUAUUCUAUUCCUGAGCCAGGCAGGUCCGCACUGAUGUUGGACUAGCCAGCGCAUUGUCAGAAGCACUAGGAGAAGCAUUCUUUGUCACUAGGGGCAGGGAAACCUCCCACUCAGCUCCCGUUAACCUUGCAAGCC